AUGGCUUCAGAGGAUCAUGUCGGCGGUCAUUUUCCAUUUUCCUUGAUGCGGAUCAUGCAUUUGAAUGAACACAAGACAGUGGUUUCAAAUGAGGCGCUAACGAGGCAUAAAGAUACUCGAUUGCAUGGAUGGCAGGGGGUUAUCGAGACGUCCACGUACUCUCCACAACUAUUGACCUCACCAUUAAAGGACGUAAACUUCACUAACAAGAAGAACUCGAGCUCUAAGCAAGUCUUUAUUUGCACGGAAGUCCACUGUGGUAAACAAUUUCCACGGUCUUUUGCGUUACGGCGUCAUAUGCGCAUCCACACGGGCUUGAAACCCUACGAGUGUAACUACGACGGCUGUGUACAACGUUUCAAUACGUCGGGCAAUUUGAGUCGUCAUAAACGUAUUCACAGUGGAGAGCGGCCAUAUCCGUGCAUCUUUGACAGUUGUGGCAAACGCUUUAAUACCAGCACCAAGCUCAAGCGACACAUGCGUAUUCAUUUUCCCGAUGGACACCAUGUCUUUUGCUGUAUCGGGCAAGUCGACUGCAACUGGAGCUGUAACAACUACAAAGAGUUUGCCCAGCAUCAGAAAUUGCACCACAAUAUCUUUGUGGGUGCACAGCAGCAGCACUUGUAUGCUCGACAAGAGCAGCAUGCAUAUGCACAAGAAGGUACAACUAGUGAAAGCUUAGACAACAAGGAGAGUGCGUACUUGUCCACGGUGGACGCUGCUCGCGAGGGGUACUCGACGGAUCAUCAUCACCCAUACAGCAACACCCAUCACAGUGCUGCUCUCACCGGGAGCUUCCUGUAUCCUACUAGCUUUGACAAGUACAAGAGCAGCAGCGUGUUGUCAACACAACACAACAAACUGAUGAGACCGUCAGCUUUGUUGAGCUCUAGUGACUUUGGCAAUCUCCCGACAGUUUUUUCCAAGGAUUACGGACGACCCGAUCAACGUCGACUAAUGCCGAACAUCAAUACGUUCCCAUUCAUGCAGUAUUCAAGCACCAAUGGCUCAUUUCUGAUUAAUUCCGAUACUACUUGGAACCGACCGAGCUUCUCGAGUGUCAAUCACGUUGCACUACUACAAGAACGUCAAGAAGAACGUGAUGGUCACAAUUACGAGCAGCCACAGAAUCAAGAGCAUUCGAUUUUAUUGCCUCCUAAUCAUCACGUGCUUCGACCACCGCCACAAUUAAAUCAAGAUACAAAGGAGAAUGGAUGUACGACCCCAUCGGCUAUGAAUGGGACAGGACCGGAAUUCACAGGUGAAGAGCUCAGUGUAGUCCUACAGCUUAUGAACGAGACGUACUGA